CGGUCGCGUGAGGCCAAUCUCCCGGUACCGACAUAGGCAGAAGCGAGGAGGCCAGACUCUUGGGAAGUGUAGCCGAUUUCACAGUUCUGAAUGUCAGCCGCUGAGGAUGCUGGUAGAAGAUGAAGCGACUGAAGAGGACUCUGAAGCGGUCUCCUCCCGAAGGAGAAGCAGCAGUAUCUCUAAAUGACAGAGCUUAACAAUUUUUGUACACUAUGGAGGAUUUUGAUUUGGUGGAAACUUUACAAAAAACGUCACCUUCUGUAGAAUCUGAUAUCAAAAGUGCUCCCCAUUCCCUUGGGUUGAGCUUACAUGCUAAUAGGGAAGACCGGGCCACCUGUCAUUCAAGGGACAGUGGAAGUUCUCACUGCUUUAAGACAAGACCUACAGAACAGUGGCCGGACUGAUUCAGAACUUUGGAAGAACUGUGAGGCCAGGUGGCUGCAGCUCUUCAGUGUGGUUGAGCAGCACUGCCAGGAGCAGAUUGUCGCCCAGCAGGAGCAGUUCCAUAGGCAGAUCCAGCGAAUACAGGAGGAAAUCCGGAAGUUAGUGAAACUGCAGAUCAGCAAUGCUUCCUGGCUUUCCUGCAGCAACAGCUCUGUGAGUGAACAGGUGUCUUUAGAAAGCCAAAUGGGCUUCUUUUCUGAAAACAGUGAGAGAAAUGAGUCUGUUGUCAGUUACCCAGCAUCUAAGGAACCCGAGACACAGCCAGCAUCGUUUGCAUCCCACCCAGACUGCAAUGUGGACAGCAGCUCAGUGAGUAGUGGCUACGGCACCUUCUGCAUCCUGGAGAUGAACACCCACAAGGCUAAAGAGCCCACUGAGCCCUUGGAGCCCGAGGCAGCUUCCCAGGGGCAGCACACAGCCUCUGCGGUGCAGGCACAGGCCCCUGCAGGAGGCACAGCAGCUAUAAACUUUUCCACACAGACUCCUGAAGAGCUUUGUGCAUCACUAAAGGAAGAUGUCUUCACUUUUCCUGGUGAAUUUGAACAAAAUUUUCUUGGUGAAAACAAGAUCUCUGAAGUAUACAGUGGAAAAGCAAAUAGUAGUAAGUCUAUAACAUCAUGGGCACAAAAACUGAAGCAGAGCCAGCCAAAGCAAGCACAUACCGAAGAUGACUGCUCAAGACCUAAGCCAGGGAGCGAGCUAACCUGGAAGCCUCCAGCUGAAACAUCUGACCUUGCUGCCGAUGCUACACGUCCUUGUGCCUUUUACCUCAAUAAGCCAGCCGAAAGCCCAAGUUCAUGGUUGUCUGAUUCAGGAACAGGGCUGACUUACUGGAAGCUGGAGGAGAAGGACAUGUAUCACUCUUUGCCUGAAACUUUGGAGAAGACAUUUGCACCAUCCCCCGCGGAGAGGCCCCUGAGCCAGGUCCUGACUCUUGAUCCAGCCAUACACGUGAAGCCAAAGGAACAGGUUGCUGGGAUUCAUCCCCAUGGCUUUUUGAAUGCUCUUGAUGAUAGAAUAUCCUUUUCCCCAGACUCCGUUCUGGAACCAAGCCUGUCUAGUCACUCUGACAUUGACUCGUUUUCACAAGCAAGUCAUAAUGCUUCUCAGGUAUCUGGGUUCCCCAAAUAUCCUUCAACUACGAAAGCAUCACCUGUGGACACUUGGAAAAGCCAUGCAUUCCAAAGUGAAAGUAGGACCAGUUCCACGAUCCCUUCACGCUACACCAUCACUAGCAACGAUAUCUCAGUCAAAACUGUAGACGAAGAAAACACUGUCACAGUGGCCUCAGUCAGUCAGUCCCAGCUUCCAGGUACAGCCAACAGUGUCCCAGAAUGCAUUUCAUUGGCUUCCCUGGAAGAUCCUGUGAUGUUGUCUAAAAUCAGGCAGAACCUCAAGGAGAAGCAUGCGCGACACGUCGCGGAUCUUCGAGCUUAUUAUGAGUCGGAGAUAAGUAGUCUGAAACAGAAACUGGAGGCCAAAGACAUUUCUGCUGUUGAAGAGUGGAAGAAGAAAAACGAAAUUCUUGCGGACAGAUGUGGCCAGCUGGAUAGUGCACUGAAUGAAGCUACUAGUCGAGUGCGAACACUUGAGAAGAAGAACAGCUUGCUAGAAAUGGAAGUGAGUGACUUGAGAGAGCGCUUCCAUGCAGCCAGCAGUGCCUCCAAAGUUCUGCAGGAACGGAUUGAAGAGAUGAGGGCAAGCAAUAAAGAGAAAGAUAACACCAUCACUCGACUGAAGUGUCGGCUGCAGGAUCUGGAAGAGGCCUUUGAGAAUGCUUACAAGCUCUCCGAUGAUAAAGAAGCAAGGCUCAGACAAGAAAACAAAAUGUUUCAAGAUCUCUUAGGAGAGUAUGAAUCCCUCGGAAAAGAGCAUGGGCGAGUAAAGGAUACAUUAAACACAACUGAGAACAAAUUGCUUGAUGCACACACUCAGAUUUCUGACUUGAAAAGGAUGAUCUCAAAACUUGAAGCUCAAGUGAAGCAGGCAGAACACGAGAGUAUGCUGAGUCUUCGCCAAGGCGCUAAAGCUCCCACGAGGCCAUCCCGGGCCAACACACUAGCCUCCUCGGAUGUCAGCAGGAGGAAGUGGCUGAUUCCAGGAGCAGAAUACUCCAUCUUUACUGGGCAGCCUCUGGACACCAGGGACAGGAAGACAGAUAAGCAGCUGGAGGAAACCGAUGUUCCUGGGUACCAUUCUCCUCCAGAAAAGGACUCUUCACUUGGAAGGUCACCAGCAAGCUUAUUGAUUAAAAAGAAGAGGGACUCUCCAGACACACCACCAAUCAUCAAGGCUUUAAAAGAACUUGAUGAAGAAAGAAUAUUUAAAAAUUGGGGGACACAGACAGAGAAAGAGAAUUCCUCAAGUAAAUCAGUGAAUCCUCGGCAAACUGAGUCUUCAGUCAAUACAGGCCGUUCCCCAGAGAAAUGUGCCCAGCAGAGACCAAAGAGACAGAGUUCGGCUUCACAAAGGUCAUCAUCUCUCCCACCUUCCAACCGGAAAGCCAACACUCCAACAAAAAGAGAGAUUAUGUUAACACCAGUGACUGUGGCUUAUAGUCCUAAACGGUCCCCUAAAGAAAACCUGUCCCCAGGAUUCAGUCAUCUCCUUAGCAAAAAUGAAAGCAGUCCAGUUCGAUUUGAUAUCCUUUUGGAUGAUUUAGAUACUGUUCCUGUGUCCACGUUACAACCAACCAAUCCCAGGAGACAGCUCCAGUUUCUUCCGGAUGACUCGGAAGAAAACAAGUAUUCAGAAAAAAACAGUGAUGACCCCGUUAACCCUAGCUCGUGUCCUGAACACUCACCAACUGGAUUGAAGAGCGUGUCCGCAAGACAAGCCUGGGAGAAGAGUAAAUCACUUAGCCUUGAGCAGUGGAAGCCGGUAUCAGCAACACCACAGGAUAAUGAUUUUGAAUAUACAGCCAAAAUUAGGACCCUAGCUGAAACGGAGCGAUUUUUUGAUGAACUUACAAAAGAAAAAGACCAGAUUGAGGCAGCACUAAGCCGAAUGCCUUCUCCUGGAGGAAGAAUCACUUUACAAACACGACUAAAUCAGGAGGCCUUGGAAGAUCGUUUGGAAAAGAUCAAUCGUGAACUGGGUUCAGUUCGAAUGACCCUCAAGAAGUUUCAUGUUUUACGCAGCUCUGCAAAUCUUUGAGACUGGUAGCCAUUAAACUUGAGACAUUUUUGUUUGCACUAAUGUACAGUUAUGCACUUGGAAAGGCAAGCUCUUUUCUACUGUUUAUAAGCCUUCAGACAGUAGUUUUACAAUCAUGCUAUUCUUACACCUGCUAUUUUAUACUUAAAAUGGCCACAUAUUUUCAAGAUAUUUUUGUUAUGCUCAGGAACCUCCUGUAUAUUUUACUAUUUAAAAAGCAUUAUUUUUAAAUAGCAUAUGUCUCCAGUUUCUAUCAGCAAGAAGGAAGUGUAACUGGGGAGGCAGCUUGUUUCUAAAGAAAUAGUAUUAUCCUUUUACACUGAACUUUGCACACUGGUUUUAUAAACUUGUUCUACAUUGUAAAUAUAAUUCAUUUUUAAAAUAAAUGCUUAGCAGCUUCCAUAAGGAUAGACUAACAUGCUAGAUAUUUAAAAUAUUAUAGUAGAGUUCAUAUAUUUAGGAUCUGUAGAAGUUUUUAAGAAUUGAUAACACAAUUCCUAUGUGAAACACAUGCCUUGACGUGAAUAGUAGAUUUGCGCCGGCAAGAAGGCUUAGCCGGGAAAAGCACUUGCCGCCAAGCCUGAAGACCAGUUUGAGGUCCAGGACCCACAGGUUAGAAAGAGAGAAAUGACUCCCACAAGUUGUCUUCUGACCUCUACAUAUACACUGUGGCUCAUUCACAUCCUUUCCCACCACAGUAAGUCAAUGGUAAAAAAAAAUUAGUAGUCCUUGAGUGCUGGAGAGUUUAAAAACUAUGUGAGUAUCACUUACUUCUCUAAAAUCUUUUUGUUUAGAGGUGGGAAGUGGCAGCAGCCGGAGUGUUCUGCCUGUCAUCCAUGCUUUACGUUGUGGCGCACCUUGGACUGUUUUCAGGGUAGCUCCAGUUUCCAUUAAGCAUAAAGCUUUAGUUCCCAAAGUAAUCAUCAAAACAUUUCACCGUCUUAACCUUACCUGACCUGCCAUCCCACCCUUGCCAAAGAGGAAAAUACUUCCAUAGUAGCUGCUGUAAGAACCAUUGGUUUGCACUCAAGAGCACUCUGCUCUGCCUGAUAAUGGGCAGGGGGUGUGUUCAGAUAGAGCUGGUGUGCUUCCCGGGGCCUUGCAGCAGACUGUAGCCAUCACCUGGGUGGCAUUCCCUAACUCUCUCUAAGAGCAGUGUGUGGGCAGGAGAAGCUGUUCUGAUCUAGGAGCAGCAAGUAUCCUGUCUGUGUUGGGACUGUUGGUGAUGUCUGGGCUGCUCACCCACUCACUUUCUGGUGACCAGUCCGAACCCAGCACCCACGUAUUUGUGCUCAGAAUCUAUCUGCAGACACACUCGUCUUAGCUCUCACAGUUGAUUUCCAGGGCCAGGGCUCAGGCUUUUGAUUUUGGUUUGCCUCUGAGUUCUUUCUCCAUGAUGAGUACUUAACAGUGAACCAAGGCGUUCUUUAAGGGCAACUCCAUUGCAGUGUAUAUGUCUCAGAAGGAUUUCAGGUGGUCUUUGAGCAUUUUUUCACUAAAGCUUCACCUGGCGAUAGGCUUAUGUCCUGUUCAACUUGGGACUCUCAGGCAGGAGGGGACCCUUGGGAUAAUACCUAAUCUUUGAGCUCAUGUUCAGUAACCAGUGAAGACUUACUUAAUCAGGAUUUCUUACCACUAGAAGCAAGUGCCUUUAUUCUUCAUUUUUCUUUCAGCCUUUUAAAAAUUAUGUUACAGUAAAAAAAGGUUCAUUUUAAGCAAGCUUCUGUAUAGCUUGUGACUAGAGCUUAUAAAGGGAUAGUCUAUUUUUUAAUAUGUCCUUCCAUGUGACAUGCAGAACUAACAAGCUGAGAGUACCGUACACGCGGUGGUAGAGUGCUUGCCUCGUGUGUGAGGGCACGUGCCCUGGCACUGACAAGACUGCCUGAACAAGCUAACAGUGCUCUCGAGUGUGUCUCAUUGUUCCCUCCUUUCAUUGUGUAGUCAACUGCAUCCUUAAGAAGAAGAAAUUGCCACUAGCUUUAUCUUGCCAAGGAGUUAUCUUCUUAGGUGCCUAUAAUUGGCUUAUUCCAAAAAAGGCAUUAAGCGCCAUCAAAACAUCUUCUGUGCUUCUCAGAAAGCAUAUGCUUUGGUUUUUGAAGUGUGUAAUAGAUUUAAACUAUCAAUUACUUAUUUGAAAAAGAAAUUUUAUUCUUUUCUUCUUCAUAGCUAUAAAGAAAAGAUACCAAGGAAAAUUCUUGCGGCUGCCUCUCCCCUGAGUAAUGCAUAUCUUAUGAACACUCAACUAAAAAGCAACUCAGCCUAAAAGUGGGCAGGGUAGCAGUUUUAAAGAGCAUCUGUUACCCAAGAGAGGCAACCUGUUUCUGUGCUGGGAUGUACUGCAGCUAGUAUUA